AUGUCAGAUAACGAUGAUGCGAAUAAAAUUGCAAAGAACAUAGAAGAAUGGAACGUCGAAGAUUCCUUUCUUUGGUGGACCCAACAUCCAUUCUUGCAAAAUCCAUGGAAUAUUCUGGGCAUCUCGGGUUGUACCGUUGUUGCAGGAGCCUUUUUCGGAUACAAGAAACCCACCAAGAAACUUCAAAAGUUGGUAGAUCUCAAAAAAGUAGAUGCAGAAAAACUGGCGGGCCGACGAGAAAUGGGAUUCCAAGCAGCGUCAAGGGCACUACGAAUAGCCACUAUUGGAACAGUCGGUACCUUUGGAGUAGUGGCUGUUGCAGGUUUUUAUGCGAGUGGGUAUCGAUCCUUUGAUGCAUUAGUGAAUGAUACUAGGGCUUGGGGUGAGCAGAACCGGCAAUCGUUUGAAGAUUGGCUGGGAAUUGAAAAUAGACCGAGCAAGACUGAUCCAGAGGCUAUAGCAACCAAGAACAUGACAGAGGAAGAAGAGUUGAACUAUAUCUAUGAACGGCAUCUAAAGGAUGCUGAACGGAUUCCAGAUAACAGUUUUCAAAAGAGAAAUUAA